AUGUCUGAAAGCAGGAACGUAUCCGGCCCUCAGGGCCAUGUAGCCCAAGAGCGGAAUGAGAAACCAAUUGAUCAGUCCCAAAAAGCCAAGUCUUCUGCCAAAGAUGCUUCUUCCAUUCCGAAUGGGGGGUGGAAAGCUUGGCUCCAAGUAUUGGGAACCUUCUUCAUCUUCUUCAACACAUGGGGCAUCCUCAAUACUUUCGGAGCAUACCAAACCUACUAUGAGACUGGGGCGCUUUUUGCCUCGACAUCGUCCAAUAUCUCCUGGAUCGGCUCGGUGCAGUCGUCUCUUUUGCUGAUCGUUGGGCUUGUAACCGGUCCUCUAUACGAUGCCGGUUACUUCUACACCCUCCUCGGCAGCGGAUCACUCCUGAUAGUCUUUGGGCAGAUGAUGAUUAGUAUCUGUCAUGAAUACUACCAAGCUCUGCUGGCCCAGGGCUUCUGCAUUGGUAUUGGUGUCGGCCUUAUCUUCAUCCCGGGUGUUGCGGUGCUGUCGACGUAUUUCACCACGAAGUUAGCCCUGGCUAACGGCGUAGCCGCUGCUGGGAGCGGACUAGGAGGCAUACUAUAUCCCAUUGUUUUCCAUCGACUAUGCGACAGAAUCGGCUUUGACUGGACGACCCGAGCAAUCGGGCUCAUCAUCUUCGUCACCCUAUUCAUCCCAAUACUGAUAUUUCGAAUCCGAAUCAAGCCAUCCAGCAAGCGCAAACUGAUAGACCUGUCCGCCUUCCUCGAACCAGCCUACAUCUGGUUCGUUGUAGGAGGCACGCUGACCUUCGUCUCACUCAACAUCCCCUUUUUCUACGUCCAAUACUUCUCCAUCCAGCAGGACAUUGCCUCCGGCGAGCUCGCCUUCUACCUUCUCUCCAUCAUCACUACCGGCUCCGUGUUCGGCCGCGUGUUCCCCAACUUCUUCGCGAACCGCGUCGGCCCCUUCAACAUCAUCUCGGCGUGCACCAUCAUCUGUGGUGGGCUCAUGUUCGCUCUGAUUAAUCUGUCCGGUCUCGCGGGGAUCAUCGUCAUUGCUCUGCUUUAUGGGUUCUUUUCUGGGGCGUUUGUCUCGCUACCGCCAACUUGUUUUGUGAAGCUCUCGCCGGAUAGAGGGCUUAUCGGGACGAGAAUGGGUAUGGGGUAUGCCGUCAUGGCGGUGGGGAAUCUGAUUGGGACCCCGUCAGCGGGGGCGAUCUUGCAGGAUAGAGGGUUCAAUGCUAUGUGGGUGUUUGGCGGUGUUAUGUCUAUUGCUGGGGGUGCGGCUAUGAUGAUGAGUCGGAAUGUUCAGGGGGAGUGGAAGCCGCUUGCGAGGAUAUAG